AUUGCAUGUCAAAUAUAUUUGUGUUAAAUAAACAUAAUUAACAUUAAUAUUCGUAUUAUAUACAGGCGUAGGUAGUAUAUAGCAAAAUCAAAUCUUUCGAGUUGGACCUAUGCUUUCUCUGGCCGAUAAUAAAAUAAUGUCUCUAUGAAAAAACAUUUAAAUUCGAUUGUUAAACUCGAGUAAAUAAAACGGAUAUUUUAAUUCAAUGAUAAGGUCUUACAUUGUUUAAAACCGCACAGUCUGCCGCGGCAGGCGCAUAUGAGUUCACAUAGGGAGUUCCUAUAGUUUUCGCUGUUUCAUCAGCUGUAGAUAUUCGGUUACAAGUGAAUUUUUUUGGGCUUGUAGACACACGGUUCAGUCAAACCCACCAAGCUCGUCUUAUAGUUUUACACCGUUUGAAUUAUUGUGACAAUGUUUCUCAUUGUUUUUAUUAUUAACUUCAUAUAUAUAGGUAUCCGUUCGACGGAAGCCGACACUGAAUGCUUAGCUCCGCCAAUGGAGUGUCCCAACGUAAACGUUACAUUUUGGCUUUACACCAAGGAAAAUGAAGACAAUCCGUAUCAAGUAUUUGCUUUGAACUCAACAUCCAUUGAGGAGGCGCCAUGGGUGAAAGGAGCGCCUGUUAAAAUACUAAUACACGGCUAUACCGGAUACAGGGAUUUCUCUCCUAAUACUGAAAUCAGACCAGCCUACUUGAAAUGCUGCAACUACAACAUCAUAUCUAUAGAUUACAACCCAAUAGCACGGGAGCCAUGCUACAUAGAGGCUGCUCGCAACACCGAACUCGUCGGCAAAUGUACUGCCCAGCUGAUCGACCAACUAGUCCAGAAACAUGACUUCAACCUGUCACAGUUCCACGUCAUUGGCUUCAGUCUUGGAGGGCAGGCAGCUGGAUUUAUAGGAGAUUAUCUUACGUCUGGACUUUUAGAUAGAAUUACUGGUCUAGACCCAGCGCUACCUUUGUUUGUUACCACCGACCCUAAGAAGAAAAUUGACAAAUCCGAUGCUAAGUUUGUGGAUGUGCUGCAUACUAACGCUCUGGAGAAGGGCAAGUUGGAAUCCAGCGGUACUGUCGACUUUUACGCCAAUGGCGGCAUCACACAGCCAGGCUGUAGAACAACUAGAGAAGACACUAAAUCAGGUUGCAGCCACGGCAGAGCUCCCCAGUACUAUGCAGAGUCCAUAAACACUGAGGUCGGGUUCUACGCCGCCAAGUGUUACUCCUGGAUCACUUACAUGAUCGGCUGGUGUGAGCUGUUUAACUCCGCUGAUGAUGUACUGUUUGGGGAACAUGUGCCACUUGACGCUAAAGGUUUAUACUUCUUCAGAACCAAUAGCGAGGCGCCGUAUGCUCGGGGGACUAACAACAAGGAUCGCAGAAAAAGAAGUUUACCUUCCUUCGUAGGACAAUAAAUAAUUAAAAUAUCAUUGAGUUUUUUUUCAUUCGUAGCAGAUAACGACGUAAACUAGUUCACCCUUGAACUUGAUUAAGUCUGGGGUAAGUCGGGCACACGCUUCUUCUUUUUUUCCCUCUACCUCUGUAGAUUAAUCUUGAUUAUAGAUACACACCAGCUGACCCAGCGAACCUUACUUUGGCAAAUAAAUUAUUUCUAGAACAGUUUUGCC